GUUCGGUCUCCAGAUCCAGUGUCUGCUAGUAGAUGGUUCACUCGCGGCUUCACUCUGCAGGAGUUGAUGGCACCUACUACAGUCAAGUUCCUGGAUGCAGAGUGGACAGAAGUUGGUACGAAAGAGAGUCUGAAAAGGGAGAUUGCUGUUUUGACAGGCAUACCAGAAGUGAUUCUCUCCGGUAAAAAGGAGCUUGACUCGAUGAGUAUCGCGCAGAGAAUGUCAUGGGCAGCACAUAGGAAGGCAUCCCGUAUUGAGGAUGGUGCAUACUGCCUGCUUGGAAUCUUUGAUAUCAACAUACCCUUGAUCUAUGGUGAAGGUUAAAAAGCUUUUAUCCGGCUUUUAAGAAGAACUUAUGCGCACUUCUGAUGACAGCAGUCUCUUCGCAUGGCGAUCGGAAGAUGAGAAUUAUGGGAGACUUUUAAUCUCUUUCCCAGAAGCCUUUGCUGAAUGUUCCAAUAUCAUUAUCUUCCAUCAAUUCGCAGUUUCUAUAGGAAAUCCGUGGAUGUCUAGUGACCGUGGUAUUCAACUAGAUCUUCCAUUCCUAGGUAUAGACCAGUCAGGGUUCGGACUUGCUAUACUUCAAUGCACCACCGCUGGAAUGGAAGACCACGUUCUUGUAAUCUAUCUCCGGGAUCCAAACCUCACUCUGAAGCAUUUCGAGAGAGUCCCGCCAGGGAAGGUUGAGUUCAUAAAAAUCGAUAAGCUUCACCCGACCCAGUUUCCCGUGCGCCGCAUUUCCGUCCGGCAAGGAGGCCGAACGAGAAUAUCAAAAAACCCGAAGGUUCCCCAAAUCAGUCACAACCCAUCAACUGCUAUUCUGGAAUAUGAUAUACCUAGAGUACAUGGUGUCUUGAGAGAAUUGCGUCAAGGUGAUCCGUGUCACUUACUAUGGGAUGCAGCAAGUG